AUGGAGUCCACCCCGUUUGUGUUGGCUCUUGCGUUUUGCUUCAUCGCAUUCACUUCCAGGUCGCCUACACAGCCCGUAAUUUUUGUUGCUACGAUUGCUCUUGCAGUUAUUGUUAGUGCCAGUACACGGAAGAGGAUAAAGCCGGGGCUGGUCUCUUCACCACCACCGUCGCCACCAUCACCGUCACCAUCGCCGUCGUCAUCAUCGUCACCGAAUUCAUCAUCUACCUCAUCAAGAACCGAUUAUGACGUGUUCUUGAGUUUUAGAGGUCCCGAUACUCGCAAAGGAUUUAUAGAUUUCCUCUACCACAAACUGAGGGAUGCAGGGAUCAAUGUUUUCAGAGAUGAUAAUGAUCUUCGUCCUGGAGAAAAGAUUGAUGAUGCAUUAAUUGAAUCCAUAAAGCAAUCCAAGAUGUCAAUACCAAUUAUAUCCGAGGGUUAUGCAUCCAGUCGGAGUUGUCUCAUGGAAUUGGCACAGAUGUUGGAUUGCCAAAAAGCAAACAAUCAAUGGAUCAUGCCCAUUUUCUACGAUAUUGAUCUCGCUGAGUUAAAACACCCACGUGAGUGUGUUUUCCGUAAGCACGAGAAGCGUGGAGUUAACCACAACGACAUUGCUAAGUGGAGGCAGGCUCUCCAAGACAUUGCUAAGACGAAGGGGUAUGAUCUGCGGAAUACAAAGAAUGGGCAUCAAGCUGAACUCAUAGAGAAAGUUGUUUCGGAUGUUCUGCAAGUCCUUAAGACGAAUGAUUUAGUUGUGACUGACGAAUUAGUGGGCAUUGAAUUCCAUGCACGAGAGGUUAUGAGAAAGCUUGGCAUCAUCUAUGUCAAUGAGCAAGCAAUGGAAAUAUGUGGCAAAGAUGUACAUGUACUUGGAAUAUGUGGCAUGCCGGGGGUUGGCAAGACUACUCUUGCAAACUGGUUUGGCCCACGAAGCAGGAUUAUCAUGACGGUCAGAAGAAAAGAUGUUCUUAAGAAUUACCCGUUUAAAGUGGCUGAUGAAUAUCAGGUUGAACCAAUGGAGUAUCCUGAAGCUCUUCUACUAUUCCAAAAGCGUGCUUUUGUUGAGGAUCCUCUCGAGGAGCAGUGUGAGUAUGGUUCUCUGUCCAGAGACAUUGUUCACAUUAUUAAAGGGCUACCAUUAGCUAUUGAGAUAACAGCUUCCUACUUAAGGGAAAAAAGGGGGCAAAUAGAUAUAUGGGUUGAAACAUUGCGUAAAUUAGAAAGCAAGCCAGAAGAUGGAGUCAAAAUAGCAUUCAAAUAUUUUCCUUCAACAGGAGUCGACCGUCUAUGUGACCUGUGUUUGGUCAAAAUAGGAGAGAACCAUGAACUACGGAUGCAUAGUCAACUAAGAGAGUUUGGCAGAGAAAUUGUAAUGAUGGAACAUAAGUGGCCUUGGAAGCGCAGUAGGAUAUGGAAUCACACUGAUGCACUUUCUGCGCUUAAAAGAAAGGAGAGCGCAGAAAAUGUGGAAGCCCUUGCUCUUCCGUUUGAUGAGGGACAAAGCGAAUGUUUUAGAUGUGAAGGCUUUGGCCAUUAUUGGAGCUUGAGGUUCUUGAGAUUGGAGUACGCUACUAUUGGAGGGAGUUCCCAGGAUGCUCUUUCAAAUUUAAGGUGGCUUGAUUGGCAAGCGUGCAGCAAGAUCUCUGAACUACUUAUUUUGGAUUUAAAGAACUUGGCCAUUCUUGAUCUAUCUCGCAGUUCGGUCACUGAAAAUGCCCAAGAAUGGGGACAAAUUCUGGAGAUUCAUUUCAGAGAAACAGCCUCUACGAAGCAACUUCAGAUUUUGAGCGCUCGCCAGUGUAAAAGUUUGGCUCAUAUAUCAGCCUCCAUUGGUCAAUUGGAAUCUCUAACGUAUCUUGGACUAGAUGGUGCCGCUAUUGAUAGCCUCCCAGAUUCUAUUGGAUCCUUGAAGAAACUUCAGAGCCUCCUUUUAGGAAAUUGUCAGAAGUUACCCGAACUUCCUUAUUCAAUUGGGAAGCUUGAGUUGUUGGAAGUCAUGGAUCUAUCAAGCACUGUGAUCGCUAGAUUACCUAGGUCCGUUAAGAAUCUGAAAGAGUUGAAAGUGCUGAAGAUGGAGAAUACCCGCUUAAGAGAGUUCCCCAGAGAUAUAAAAGAUCUAGAAAAGCUGGAAGAGAUAAAUCUUUCGCGAUGCAAGCAUCUGAAGGGGCCAAUUCGCUGUGAUAUCAAAGGACUUUCCUCUCUGAAAGUCUUGAGACUAUCAUCUACCAAGACAUCUGGCCUGCCCUGGAGCGAUGGCAGGUUUUCUGACCGCCAAACACUUUCCUUACUUUCUCAUCUCCAACGACUAGACCUAAGUGAAUGUGACCAAAUUCGGGUUCUGCCAACACUUCCAUCUAAUUUAAGCAGUCUUCGCUGGGGAUCCAAAAAAAUGAGGACUGUGCCAAACCUUUGUUACCUGAAAUAUUUGAGAGAGCUGUACUUGGGUGAUAUCACUGAUCCAAGGCAGAAAUCUUCCUCCAAGCCACCGGAAAUUGGAUGGGUAACAAGUCUAGAGUAUCUAGAAAUCUUAGAAUUGCGCCUCUCAAAGGUAACGCUACCCGAAAAUUUCAGUGCACUUCAACUUAGAAAACUUGUUUUGCACUACGCAGACUCACUUGACCUCCGAGGGCUACCUUCUAGCUUAUCAACAUUGUGUCUUCAGCACUGCAAGAUUCAAGUUCCACAAUUUUCUGAGACAGUGCCUGUUGCAGCGUCCUCUCCACCUCUUUUUACUGCCAUAUCGCCUCAUUUAAUUAGAGGGCGAGCCUUCGUGUUCUGGGUAAAAGGUUACUCCAUCGUGGAUGGAGGUCAUGGGGUCGAGUCGCGGAAACAGCCUCUUCGGGAAACCGGGGGUAAUACUGCAUCCAGCUACCCCUUCCCAGCGGAUGCGGACCAGCUAUUCCUCCCAUGA